AGGAAGUACAUUUCACAUCAUUCUCAAGGAGACACAUUAUUGAUCACCAUUGUCACCCUCCACUCAGCAAGUGAAAUAUGGUGAAGUUUGUCCAUAAAGAAGAAUCUGAGAUCACUAUGGACUAUGUGAAUCUACCUGCUUUACCCGGGGGUGAUGCCCUGAAGAGCUGCUCUGGCAAGGACGGUGGAGUUACUGCUGCAGUUCCUGGUAUGAAAGUCUACAGGCUUGUUGCUGUCAGUUUUGGACUCUUGUGUAUCCUACAAGGUGCUCUCAACAUUUCCCUGCGUCUUGCUCUUGACUAUUCUGACACUAAGGUACCAGAUAAAGAGGCCAGCUGCAAUAACCUGACUAAAGAGAGUGCAGAGCUGAGGGGAAAACUGGUUAACUUUCAUUACUAUUUCAAUCAAGGAUGGGUGUAUUUUCAUCCCAGCUUCUAUUACAUUUCUUCUGUCAUGAAAUCCUGGAAUGACAGCAGAGAUGACUGUCUGCAAAGAGGUGCAGACCUGAUGAUCAUCAACAGCAAAGAAGAACAGGAAUUUUCAAGAAAAUUCCACAAGCUCACGUGGAUUGGACUGACAGAGAGAGAAACCAAAGGAGUGUGGAAAUGGGUGGAUGGCACUACACUGACUGAAAGCUACUGGGGCCCUGGAGAGCCGAAUGAUAAUAAAAACAAAGCAGAGGAGUGUGUAGAAUUAAGGUUCCAUGAUAUAGAAAACAGCUGGAAUGACAUAUCAUGUAAAAACCAAAACUUCUGGAUCUGUGAAAAGAUAAUAACCAUAUAACUCGGCAUAUUAGAGUGCACAAAAAAAUUCCCAUUUCACAUACUGUACAUUCUGGGAAGCUAUUUCAGGGUCUUAUAUCUCUGUACAUGUGCAUAACUAAGCUCUACCCAUGUCUUUAUGGACAUGAUAACCAUUUGGCUAGAUGUAAAGUGUGAAAGUGUGAUUUAGAGUGCAGCACAACUAGAACUGGAGUAGAAAUGGGAGUGACAGUUCUUGACAAGGGGUCUUUUCUAUCUUAAGCCUUCUAGUGAGUCAUACUUUUCGUACUUUUCAUCUUGCACAACACAUGCUUUAAACCUCUCCUACUCAAGCAAGGUAACAAAAUGACUGAAGAAUAUUUUAAUUUACUGAAAGUUUUAUUGUGCAUUUCCUAACAAUAAACAUUUGGUCUUUUUAUUAAAA